AUGUCCUUGAAGGUGGCCAGGGCGCCCGCAGGGAUGGUACUCGCAGAGCUGUAUGUCUCCGACCGAGAGGGAAAUGAUGCUACUGGUGACGGAACCAAGGAGAAACCUUUUAAAACAGGCCUUAAGGCUUUGAUGACAGUUGGAAGAGAACCCUUUCCUACCAUUUACGUGGAUUCACAAAAAGAAAAUGAGAGGUGGGAUGUUAUCUCUAAGUCCCAGAUGAAGAACAUCAGGAAGCUGUGGCACCGGGAGCAGAUGAAGAGUGAGUCCCGGGAGAAGAAGGAGGCAGAAGACAGUUUGCGAAGAGAGAAGAACCUGGAAGAAGCAAAGAAGAUCACCAUUAAAAAUGACCCAAGUCUUCCAGAGCCGAAAUGUGUGAAGAUUCGGGAACUAGAAGGAUAUAGAGGCCAAAGGGUAAAGGUAUUUGGCUGGGUCCACAGGCUGCGUCGGCAAGGAAAGAAUUUAAUGUUUCUAGUGUUGCGGGACGGUACGGGUUUUCUCCAGUGUGUCUUGUCAGAUGAUUUGUGUCAGUGUUACAGUGGUGUUGUCUUGUCCACUGAGAGCAGUGUCGCAGUGUAUGGAAUGCUGAAUCUUACCCCAAAGGGCAAGCAGGCUCCGGGGGGCCACGAGCUGAGCUGUGACUUCUGGGAACUGAUCGGGUUGGCCCCUGCCGGAGGCGCUGACAACUUGAUCAAUGAGGAGUCCGAUGUUGACGUCCAGCUCAACAACAGACACAUGAUGAUCCGGGGGGAGAACAUGUCCAAGAUCCUAAAGGCACGCUCUGUGGUCACCAAGUGCUUCAGAGACCACUUCUUCGACAGGGGGUACCACGAAAUCACUCCUCCAACAUUAGUGCAAACACAGGUGGAAGGCGGUUCCACACUCUUCAAGCUGGACUAUUUUGGGGAAGAGGCAUAUCUGACCCAGUCCUCUCAGCUCUACCUGGAGACCUGCAUUCCUGCUCUGGGAGAUGUUUUCUGUAUUGCACAGUCAUACAGGGCGGAACAGUCCAGAACACGAAGGCACCUGGCUGAAUACACUCAUGUGGAAGCUGAGUGUCCUUUCCUGACCUUUGAGGAGCUCCUGAGCCGAUUGGAGGACUUGGUGUGUGACGUGGUCGAUAGAGUCUUAAAAUCACCUGCAGGAAGCAUAGUGCGUGACCUCAACCCGAAUUUUAAGCCCCCUAAACGGCCUUUCAAACGGAUGAACUAUUCAGAUGCUAUUGUGUGGCUGAAAGAACACAACAUAAAGAAAGAAGAUGGAACCUUCUAUGAAUUUGGAGAGGACAUCCCGGAAGCUCCGGAGAGGCUUAUGACAGACACUAUCAACGAGCCCAUCCUGCUGUGUCGCUUUCCUGUGGAGAUCAAGUCCUUCUACAUGCAGCGCUGUCCCGAGGACCCCCGCCUCACCGAAUCUGUCGACGUGUUGAUGCCCAACGUUGGUGAGAUCGUGGGUGGCUCCAUGCGUAUCUGGGAUAAUGAAGAGAUCCUGGCAGGUUACAAAAGAGAAGGGAUUGACCCUACCCCCUAUUACUGGUACACGGACCAGAGAAAGUAUGGCACGUGUCCACAUGGUGGCUAUGGCCUGGGCUUGGAACGAUUCUUGACCUGGAUUCUGGACAGAUACCACAUCCGAGAUGUGUGCUUGUACCCUCGGUUUGUCCAGCGCUGCAAGCCGUGA